GGAACUGCUCUGGAAACUGUCGGGGUGGGCCCGCGGUGGAGGUGCUCUGUAGGGCCCUGAGAGGAGACUGUGAGCUGACCCUCCGAGCCCCCUUAUCGGAGAGGCCGCGAGGUUUCAGCUUGAGGAUCCCGUGAAGACGGGAAAUCUCGCGAGAAACGCUGUUCUGGCCCGACCCGUGGAGGGGCGGUUAGGCGCAAGAGGCUUCUUCCUCGUCUGUGCGCUCUAUUCGUGUACUUCCUCGGCCCUCACGCUGGAUGGCCGGUUAUUCCUUUGUGCAUCAUCCUCUUCCUGAGAAAUGGUCGCUUCCCCCUAGUCUAGACACGCUUUGAACAGCAGUAGUAAAAAUCAGUUUGCAACUACUAGCAUACGAUUUUUGUAAAGGAACCUGUGCAACAUGGAUUCUGUACCAGAAGAAUUUUUUGUAAGGGAUCCUGCUGUGGAGGAACAGAGGAAAGAGGAAACUGAGAAUAAGCUGGAAAAGUCAUCUGGUCAACUAGACAAACAGGAAAAGGACAUGCCUAUUGAUCUUGUCCCUGUUAACCUACUAUUAGAAGUGAAGAAGUUAUUAAAUGCAAUUAGUACUCUACCCAAAGGUGUGGUUCCUCAUAUUAAGAAGUUCUUACAAGAAGAUUUUUCCUUCCAAACUAUGCAGAGAGAAGUUGUAGCUAACAGCCAGAAUGGAGAAGAAGUUGUUCCUGCUUUGACUUUACAUUUCUUGAUAACACAACUGGAAGCAGCACUUAGGAACAUUCAAGCUACUAAUUAUACUGCACACCAGAUUAAUAUUGGUUAUUAUUUGACAUUACUGUUUUUAUAUGGAGUAGCACUUACUGAAAGAGGAAAGAAAGAGGAUUAUACAGAAGCUGAGAAUAAAUUUCUGGUUAUGAAGAUGGUGAUCCAAGAAAAUGAAAUUUGUGAAAACUUUAUGUCUUUAGUUUAUUUUGGACGUGCUUUACUUCGAUGUGCUCAGAAGAGAUAUCAUGGAGGACUGCUAGAAUUUCAUAGAAGCUUACAAGAAAUUGAAGAUAUAAAUGAUCAUUGGUUUGACAUAGAUCCUGCAGAAGAUGAAGAUUUACCUACAACUUUUAAAGAUCUUCUUAAUAAUUUUAUCAAGAUGACUGAAAGUAAUAUAAUGAAGCAGACCAUCUGUAGUUACCUAGAUUGUGAGCGAUCUUGUGAAGCUGACAUCUUAAAGAACACCAAUUAUAAGGGAUUUUUUCAGUUAAUGUGCAGUAAAAGUUGCUGUGUUUAUUUCCAUAAAAUUUGCUGGAGAAAGUUCAAGAAUUUAAAAUAUCCAGGUGAAAAUGAUCAGAGUUUUAGUGGAAAAAAAUGUUUGAAGGAAGGAUGUCCAGGUGACAUGGUAAGGAUGCUGCAGUGUGAUGUACCUGGAAUUGUUAAAAUUUUGUUUGAAGUUGUGAGAAAGGAUGAAUAUAUAACCAUUGAAAACUUAGGAGCAAGUUAUAAAAAGUUGAUGUCUCUGAAAAUGACUGAUACUGACAUAAGACCGAAGAUCAGUUUAAAAUUUAAUACAAAAGAUGAAAUGCCUAUCUUCAAACUUGAUUAUAAUUAUUUCUAUCAUCUGCUUCAUAUAAUUAUUAUUUCUGGUACUGACAUUGUCCGGCAAAUAUUUGAUAAGGCUAUGCCACCUCCUCUUUUGAGAAAAGAGCUUCUUAUACACAAGAAUGUGCUGGAAUCCUACUACAACCAUCUUUGGACCAAUCAUCCUUUGGGUGGAUCAUGGCAUCUGCUUUAUCCCCCAAAUAAGGAGCUACCACAGUCCAAACAGUUUGACUUAUGCCUCCUAUUAGCUCUCAUUAAACAUUUGAAUGUGUUCCCUGCACCCAAAAAAGGCUGGAAUAUGGAACCGCCAUCUUCUGAUCUCUCUAAGUCUGCAGACAUCCUGAGGCUGUGCAAAUACAGGGAUAUUCUCCUUAGUGAGAUUCUGAUGAAUGGUCUCACUGAGUCACAGUUCAAUUCAAUUUGGAAAAAAGUUUCAGAUAUUCUUCUGCGCCUUGGGAUGAAGCAAGAGGAUAUUGACAAAGUGAAGGAGAAUCCCAUUGAAAAUAUCUCCCUUGAUUACCAUCAACUAUCCAUCUACUUAGGCAUACCAGUACCAGAAAUCAUACAGAGGAUGUUAUCCUGCUAUCAACAAGGAAUUGCUCUACAGUCAAUAACAGGCAGUCAGCGUAUUGAAAUAGAAGAAUUACAGAAUGAGGAAGAAGAACUAAGUCCACCUCUCAUGGAGUACAAUAUAAAUGUGAAAUCAAACUCUGAAAUACAGUUUGCAGAAAUGAAUAAAGAUGGAGCCUCAAUACCCAGUGAAUCUUCAACAGAAUCUACUAAAGAUCUCCAGGAAGUUAAGAGCAAAGCAAAGAAAAAGAAAAAGACAAAAAAUAAAAAGAAUAAGGACUCAAAAGAAGAACAAAUCCCAUGUAUGGCAAAAAAGGAAGAGCAGCUGAAGCGAGAACAAGCAAAUCCACAUUCAGUAAGUAGAUUUAUGAAAGAUGAUGCAAGUGAGGUUAAAGAAGAUUCUGCAACUGAAGACAAGAUCUAUAGCCUGGAUGAACUGCAUAUUUUGGACAUGAUAGAACAGGGCUCAACCGGCAAGGUAACUGCAGACUAUGGAGAAACUGAAAAGGAAAGGCUUGCUCGUCAACGACAGCUUUAUAAAUUGCACUAUCAGUGUGAAGAUUUCAAAAGACAGUUGAAAACAGUGACUUUUCGGUGGCAAGAAAACCAAAUGGAGGUUAAAAAGAGGGACAAAAUCAUCGCAUCUCUUAACCAACAGGUGGCUUUUGGAAUCAAUAAGGUUUCCAAAUUACAACGUCAAAUCCAUGCUAAAGAUAAUGAAAUCAAGAACCUUAAAGAGCAACUUUCCAUGAAAAGAUCUCAGUGGGAAAUGGAGAAACAUAAUCUGGAAAGCACAAUGAAAACAUACUUAAGCAAACUGAAUGCAGAAACUAGCAGAGCUUUAACAGCUGAGGUGUAUUUUUUACAGUGUCGUAGAGAUUUUGGUUUGCUUCAUCUAGAGCAGACUGAAAAGGAGUGUCUCAGUCAGCUUGCCAGGGUGACUCACAUGGCAGCAAGCAACCUAGAAUCACUUCAAUUAAAGGCUGCGGUAGAUAGUUGGAAUGCCAUUGUGACAGAUGUUAGAAACAAGAUUGCAUUCCUCAGGACACAAUAUAAUGAACAAAUCAACAAGGUAAAGCAAGGGUUUGCCUUGAGUACCUUGCCUCCAAUCCAGCUUCCCCCACCACCACCCAGUCCUGAGAUACUGAUGCAGCAGUUCUUGGGAAGACCCCUUGUGAAAGAAUCUUUCUUUAGACCCAUACUUACUGUUCCUCAAAUGCCUGCAGUUUGCCCUGGAGUCAUUUCUGCACCUGGCCAACCUAGAGCCCCCCUGAUGACUGGCAUAGCCUGGACUAUGCCAGCGCCUGUGGGAGAGGCUGUGCCUCCCAGUGCAGGCCUGGGAAGUGAUCCCUCCAUGAUGAAUUGGGAGAGGAUUGUAGACAGGCUGAAAACCGCCUUUCCACAACAGACCAGAAAGGAGCUUACAGAUUUAUUACGAAAAUUGAAGGAUGCUCAUGGGAAGUCCUUAUCUGGACUGACAUUUGAUGAAAUUGUUUACAAGAUUUCCCAAUUUAUUGAACCGAAGAGAUCUCAGAGUCAAGGAAAAUCAGUGGCAAAUGGUAAUGGUGUUUCACCUAGCCAUUCUCCAUCUCAGCCUAAUGCUGCCCAGCCUCCAAAACCAUCCUGGAGGCCCCUCAGUUCACAAGGUUCUGCCACAUGGGAAGGAGCCAGUAAUUUGGAGGAGGAGGAGGAGGAGGAAGAGGAACCUUGUGUGAUCUGUCAUGAGAAUCUGUCUCCAGAAAACCUUUCGGUUUUGCCUUGUGCUCACAAAUUCCACUCUCAGUGCAUCAGACCAUGGUUGAUGCAACAGGGUACAUGCCCAACCUGCAGACUUCACGUUUUACUACCAGAAGAAUUCCCUGGUCACCCUAACCGGCAGUUGCCCAAGAUCUGACACAAGGGAGGUGACUAUGCCAAGGAAGAUCAGUUUUCAGACUCCAGAAUUUAGAUCUGCCUUUCAUUAUGAGUUGUUUGUGUGAGUGUUGUGAAGCUGUAUCCUUUUUAGUAUAGCGCUGAAGAAUCUAGCUAAUCUCAUCAAAGCAGCAGCCAAAGAGGUCAGGAUAGAUCUUCAAGACUUCUGAAGUGAACUUCAGAGGCUUAAAGAAAAUGGAAUUUUAAUAGUCAUAUUAUAUUUGCUCUUAUCUUAGUGGGUUUUUUCUUCUAAUGUAAACAUGAUAACUGUUAGUAUAUUUCUUAGGAUGUCUUAUCUUGUCUUUUUUUCUUCUUAUUCCACUCAUCUUUCCCUUAAGAUUGCCUAGAAUAAAUUUAUGAGGAAAAGGGAAAUAGUAAAGAAGAGAAAUAGGAAAAUGACACAGAUUUUAAUAUUCCUUUUAACUUUUAAAACUACCUACAAAAAAUAUAAUUGAAGUAUUUAAAUUUUAUCUCCAUUUUCCCCAUUCUUUUCUGUCCUCUAAAAUAUGUACACAUGAAGAGAUUAUGAGCUACUUGCGGGUGGACUUCCUACGGUGGUGUGUUGGAGCUGACUUAUAAUGGUUUGUGAGAGAUGAUUGUUAGUUUCAGGAAUUUUGUGAGCUAGUUGUUAAACUGUCGGUAGCUUGAAAUCUGCCAGAGUAGAAGUUUUGACACCAUAGCAAUUGGUAAAUGUUGUAAUAAAGACUUAUCUUCCCUUUAAGAGCUGAUUGUUAAACAUUUACCAGCACACCACCAGACCUUGUCUGAUCUUUAUUUAUGUUCCCAGUGUCUUGCACAGUAGGUACAGAAUAAAUAUUGCCAGAAUCAGCCCAGCCACAGUGGCUCAUACCUAUAAUCCUAGCACUUUGGAGGGAGGUCACUUGAGACCAGGAGUUUGAGACCAGCCUGGGCAACAUACCAAGACCCCAUCUCUACAAAAAAAUUUAAAAAUUACUCAGCUGUGGUGAUGCACACUUGCAGUCCUAGCUACUGGGGUGGCUGAGGCAGGAAGAUUGCUUAAAACCAUGAAUUUGAGGUUGCAGUAAGCUCUGAU